GCACAUAUUUAACAGAUGGUUUCUGUUUUCUCCCCAACUCAAACAUCAACGUUUCAGAAUUAGAGGGUUCUGUCGUUGUUCUGAUUCACAACGCACCACCGCGAGAGAGAGAGACAGAUCGUAAAUCUUUUUCCAGGUUGUGCAAGAAGUAAACAUGUCAGUUCUUAUAAUGACAAGCCUUGGUGAUAUAGUAAUUGACCUUUACUCAAAUAAAUGCCCUUUAACCUGCAAGAACUUCCUCAAACUUUGCAAGAUCAAAUACUACAAUGGGUGUCUAUUUCACACUGUACAAAAGGAUUUCACAGCACAGACAGGUGAUCCUACUGGAACUGGAGCUGGUGGAGACUCAAUCUACAAGUUUCUAUAUGGUGAGCAUGCUCGUUUUUUCGGCGAUGAGAUUCAUCUUGAUUUGAAUCAUUCAAAGACUGGUACUGUUGCAAUGGCUAGUGGUGGAGAAAAUCUCAAUGCUUCUCAGUUCUAUUUCACACUUCGUGAUGAUUUGGAGUAUCUUGAUGGGAAACACACUGUUUUUGGGAAGAUUGCUGAAGGGUUUGAUACUUUGACUAGGAUAAACGAAGCUUAUGUUGAUGCAAAGAACAGACCUUAUAAAAAUAUUAGAAUCAAACAGACAUAUAUGCUUGAAGAUCCUUUUGAGGAUCCCCCAAAGCUAGCUGAGAUGAUACUAAAUGCUUCUCCAGAAGGAAAACCGAAGGAAGAGGUUGAAGAUGACGUUCGACUUGAGGAUGAUUGGGUUCCAAUGGAUGAAGAACUUGGUGUGAAGGAACUGGAGGAAGUUAUGCGCGAAAAGGAAGCUCAUUCUAGUGCUGUUGUACUUGAAAGUAUUGGAGAUAUCCCUGAGGCUGAGGUAAAACCUCCUGACAAUGUUCUGUUCAUCCGCAAUCUGAAUCCUGUGACUGAGGAUGAGGACCUCCAUACUAUUUUCUCACGCUUUGGAACCGUUAUAUCUGCUGAUGUAAUCCGGGUUGUCGAGACAGGUGACAGUAAGUGCUAUGCUUUUGUAGAGUUUGGAAACAAGGAGGCAUGCGAGGAAGCGUAUGAGAAGAUGGACAAUACUCUGAUCGAUGAUAGACGAAUACGUGUGGAUUUCAGUCAGAGUGUGUUCAAACUUUGGCCACAGCUCCGGCAGAAACACUCCCAAAAGGUCGAAGAUCGAAACAAGCAGCAUGGAGGAGGUGAAGGCUAUGAUAUGGUAUUUGAGGGUGAUGAGAGGGAGAGGAGGAAGAAGAUUCAUAGGAGAAGGUCUCAUGGUAAUAAGGAAGGCAAAAGACGCCACAUAGAUGAAGUUGAUGAUGGUAGAAGACGCAGAGAGAGAGAAGAAAGAGACAGUAGGGAAGGUGAAGAUGAAGAAGACAGAAGAAGAAGAAGAAGAAGAAGCCGUGAAGAGAUGAGAGAUGGAGAUAGGGGUGAAGAGAGACUAAAGUUACAGAGACGAUGAUCAUGGGAGUUAUAAAGAGAGGAAAAGAGAGAGAGAGAGAGAGAGACAAUGGACAUGAAAGAAGAGAUAGGUGAAAGGGUUUGAUAGGGUUUUAGGUGGGUUUUGUAUUAGUGAAGUGACUUCAAGUUUUUUAGGAGAGACAUGUAGAUAUGUAUCUUCCCCCUGAGUUUUUGACUAAGUCAUGGUUUAAACUUUAAAUUGUUUCCCUAUUAAGUUGUGAGCCCCAAUGAGCCAUCAUUGUAUAAAGAGAUUUAUAAUAAAAACAAAUCAGAACUA